AUGCCCGUUGACAUAAGGAACUUUUUCGGUCCUAAGAGCAGCCAGGACUCCCAUGGGUCGGCUGCGAAGACCCCGGCAAAGAAAGAGGAUCCAUCCACUGCCCGGAAGAGACGCAGCAGAAAGGUGAUUGAUGACAGUGAGGAUGAGGAAGUCGAAAAUACUAAGACGCCACCGGCCAAAGUCAUAGGAACAAAGCAAGAGAAGAAGGAAGAGACAAAAGGCGAACCCACCACUACGUCCGAGUAUUUUUCGUCUAGCAAGAAAAGAGGGCGACCGCCAAAAAAGCAGAGCGAGAAAAAUGAUGGCAAGCCACCGGUCAACAAGACCACUAACGGAAGUGGCGAGAAGGGUACGCCUAAGGCGAAGCAAGCCAAGGAGCCAUCUUUGGCUAGGAACGAGGAAAAGCCGGGGGAUACAAAGGAUACACCCUACCUGAUUGAGGACGAUGAGGAUCUUGGUGGGGAUGAUAUCUUUGCCGCCGAAUACGGAAAGUCUGGUCGAGCCGACGAUGACUAUGUUGAGGAGAAAAGUGGAAAUGAUUCUGAUGACCUCAUUGUACGGCCUCCUGUGGCGGCAUCUGGGAAGCAAGAGAAAAAGCAAACUGCUGUACAAGACGAUGAAGACGUGGAAAUGGAUGACGCCCCAGAAGCUCCAGCAGCAAGACGUGGAAGAAAACGGAAGUCAGAAGCUCUUUUGGACAAAGACGAGGAUGGAAAAUCGCGUGAUGUCAAGAAAGGUGCAGACACACAGACUUCGUCCGCACCCAAAAAACAAAAGGCCACUCCUUCGAAAAAUGAUCGGCCAGAGAGUAAAGAGAUCCAGGACAUUCUUGACAGCAUUCCAACUGUGAAACCACCUUCGCCGCCUCCAGACUCUGAUGAGAAGAAGAAAUUCAACUUCGCAGCCCAGGCCCAACGAUCGCGUGAUCCCCCUGCUGCUGGAACAAAGGAAAUACCUGUUGGUGCACCAAAUUGUCUGGCUGGAUUAUCAUUUGUGUUCACGGGAAUUCUGGAUACAUUAGGCCGCGAAGAAGGGCAGGCCCUCGUCAAGCGCUAUGGAGGAAAGGUCACUACUGCCCCCAGUUCCAAGACGAGUUACGUUGUUCUAGGAAACGAUGCUGGCCCCAAAAAGCUCAAAACUAUUCGAGACUACAACAUUAAGACAAUCAACGAGGACGGUCUCUUUGAACUGAUCAGAAAACUUCCUGCCAAUGGUGGUAAUGGCAAGGCUGCUGAACAAUACGAGGCCAAAAGGAAAGCUGAGGAGCAGAAGGUCCGAGCUAUGGCUGCGGAGAUAGAGGAGGAAGAGAAGAAGAGAUCACAGGCCAACGCUGUUCAGACAAAAAGUUCUCAGCCACCUUCAAGCUCUCAGGCACCCAAGGUGGAUGACCGUCUGUGGACGACGAAAUACGCGCCGACAUCCCUUAAUAUGCUCUGUGGUAACAAAGGCCAAGUGGAAAAACUUCAGACCUGGUUGCGCAACUGGCGAAGGAAUGCCAAAGCGAACUUCAAGUUGCCCGGAAAGGAUGGGUCCGGUCUUUAUCGGGCAGUCAUGAUUCAUGGGCCACCAGGGAUUGGCAAAACAACUGCAGCACAUCUUGUUGCAAAACUUGAGGGCUAUGACGUGGUGGAGACCAACGCCAGCGACACAAGGAACAAGAAACUGCUAGAAACUGGGCUUCUUGGUGUCUUGGAUACGACGUCUCUUCAAGGCUACUUUUCUGGAGAAGGGAAGAAAGUCGAGACUGAGAAGAAGAAUCUCGUGCUCAUAAUGGACGAAGUCGAUGGUAUGUCGGCUGGUGAUCGAGGCGGCGUCGGAGCUUUAGCCGCCGUUGCGAAGAAGACUCGAGUUCCGCUCAUUCUGAUAUGUAACGACCGAAGGCUUCCUAAGAUGAAGCCAUUCGAUCACGUCACAUAUGAGCUCCCCUUUAAGCGGCCAACUGCUGAUCAGAUUCGAGCGAGACUUUCUACGAUUUGCUUCAGAGAGGGUUUGAAAAUUCCUCCGCAGGUCCUCGACAGCCUAAUCGAAGGCACGCAUGCCGACAUUCGGCAGGUCAUCAAUAUGCUGGCCACUGUGAAGUUGGAUCAACAACAGCUGGAUUACGAUAAAGGAAAAGAGAUGUCCAAAGCUUGGGAGAAGCACGUUAUUUUGAAACCUUGGGACAUCGUGAGCCAGAUAUUGAGUGCUCAGAUGUUCUCACCAAGUUCCAAAUCCACUCUGAACGAUAAGAUCGAACUCUACUUCAAUGAUCAUGAAUUCAGCUAUCUUAUGCUUCAAGAAAAUUACUUGAAGACCAAUCCGACACUUGCUAGUGGAUAUUCGGGAAAAGAACGGAGUCUGAAGCUCCUUGAGCUUGCAGAAAACGCAGCUGCAAGCAUCAGUGAUGGUGAUCUGGUCGAUCGAAUGAUCCACGGCAGCCAACAGCAAUGGAGUUUGAUGCCGACUCAUGCUGCCUUCAGCUUUGUUCGACCAGCCAGCUUCAUAUACGGAAACCUGAUAGAUCGACCAGCAUUUACUAAUUGGCUUGGACAGAAUAGCAAGCAAGGAAAACUCAGUCGUUAUGUGAAAGAAAUACAGGGCCAUAUGCGGCUCCGAGCAUCCGGCGACCGAGAUGAGAUCAGACAGCAGUACUUACCUCUUCUAUGGGACAAGCUCAUUCGCAGAUUAAUGGACGACGGUAAGGACAGCGUUGAAGAUGUUAUUGAUCUCAUGGACAGCUACUUCCUCACUCGCGAGGAUUGGGAUGCUAUGGUUGAGCUCGGCGUUGGUCCCAUGGACGAGUCCAAUGUCAAACUCGAAUCCCAGACGAAAGCGACUUUCACACGUCUUUACAAUCAGCGUUCGCACCCUGUUCCCUUCAUGAAGGCUAGUACCGUGCUGGCACCAAAGAAGCUUCCCAAGGUGAAACCUGAUAUCGAGGAUGCCAUCGACGAAUCAGAUGAAGAAGAGGAGGUUCUGGAUGCCGAAGUCGAAGACGAAAGUGAAGAGUUGGACUUGAAAAAGGACAAGUACAUCAAGGUUCCAAAGAAGCCAGCAGCCCAGAAAGGAACUGCCGGGAAAGGCAAAAAGGCCUCCAAGGGAAAGAAGGACGAUGAAGACGACUUCAUCGAUGAUGACGAAGAUGAGAAGCCGAAGAAAGGGCGUGGCCGCAAGGCCAAAGGCAAAGAUUAA